AAUGAAAGAAUGUAAAUAAGUCAAUAAGAAAUUUAAAUUUUAAGCGAGAAAUGUGGAGAAAAUUCGAAUAUUGAAGAGAGAUGAAGGAUUUGGUGAUAGAGCUUUAUUGGAAAAUGUUCCAACAGCAUUAACAGCUUGUUCCCUAUACUUAAGAUUGAUUCUUAUUGAUUUUGAAAAAAGAUGAUUUCGAUUUAAUUCGACAACAAUUCAUAUAGUAAACAAAAGAAAAGAAAAGUUCAAUAUUCACUAAAUUCCCUGUUUAAGGCGAUUAUUCAUCUAAAUAAUUAGAACAUUUAGCCUAUAUUUUCAAUAUGUUGAAUAAUUUUAGAAAAACUUUAUUUUAACUGUUGACAGACUUCCCAAAAGAUCCUUUUAUUUAAUAUAAUAUGGAGAUAUUCUAAUAGAAAAAUUUGAUAAAUAUAUUAAAUAAGUAAUAAUUAUUUUUGAUUCAAAUAGCUAAGGGAUAAUUGUUUGGAGAAGAAAUAGUUCUAAAUGAAGAUGGUUGUUGUGAAUAUAACUUAAUUGUUCUAUCUAAUGAAGCUAAUGUUACGGUCAUUCAAAAAACAUGAAUUCUUAAAAAGUUUCCAGAAAAAUGUACUUAAAAAAAAGUUUAUUCAGAAAAAUAUUUUAUCUAUAAACAUGGAAAGUUUAUUUGGAAUUGGAAAACCAAAAUUCAUCGCAGUAAAACAAUUUAUAUAUAUAAAAAAUAAUCCAAUCAAAAUUAAUAGUAAGUAUUAUGAAGAUAAAGUUAAAAUUUGAUCUUUGAUUGAACAAUAAACAUCAGUUUAUCUUUGAAAAUAUCAGAGUGAACCAUAAAAGGAUUCAACUGCCACAUUAUUUGGAUAAGAUUUAUAUUAACACCAAAAUUAGGUUACAUACCAAA